AUGCAGCGGUCGAUGCUCGUGCCAACGACUCGAGCAGCUGCUGGCGCCGCUGUGGUAACCGAGACACGUGAAUCGGCAUUGCUCACGCGUGUGGGGAGAGUGUUGACGGAGAAGAUUGAGGUCGAAGCUGCGGGUUCGCUUGGAGAAGUAGAAGGCCGCGAGCAGGCUGGUCUCGUCUGGCAGCACCUGUUCGUAAACCGCUCUCCUCUGUCGGAGGCUAGCCGCGGAGUACUGACGACGCUGCACUUGUUGGGUCUGGACCACCUUGUGGCGAGACGCGACCUGUCAGCUAUCCAGAAAUGGUUCAAGCAUCAGGACCAGGUCCUGCUUGGCGAUAGGGCGUUCAUCAGACCGACGCUGGACGUGGUCAAGCUACCACAUACGCUCGCGGGUGUGCGUUUGCUUCUGGAGAAGUGGAUCGACAUUAUAAAGCCCGAGUACUUCAUGGCUAGCUUGCCCAUUUCCUUCGAGUACCCGGAUGAGAAUGCGCCUGCUUCUGCUGGUACAAAUGAGCUACCAAAUGGUGCGGAAUUGCUGCUGCAAGUGCUGCUGCCGCUGGCUGGAGAGAAGAAGCUGCCGAUUGCGCUAAAGUUUGACAGCGUGCGUCCGAUUAAUGCUCGCUAUGGUGUGGCUGGCGACGGAGUGAAGCCGAGCAACGUGGACAUUUUGAUCAAGUUGUGCCGUAACUUCCCCAAGGUAAAGUUUCUGGCCACGUUCCUCUCGCGCGUGAACCAGCACGAAGUGACCGUGGCGGCCAACAAGUUCCGGAACCUGCAUCUGUAUGGCUGCUGGUGGUACUGCAACAACCCGUCGAUCAUUGAAGAGCUCACGCGGAUGCGUAUCGAGAUCCUGGGCACGGCGUUCACGAGCCAGCACUCGGACGCGCGUGUACUGGACCAGCUCAUUUACAAGUGGAGCCACUCGUGUAGCAGGCAGAGCCCGUUACAUUAA